AUGGAUCGCCACGCACUUGGUCAAUCAACUUCUCAUUCUCAGGUUGUUCUGCGUUUACAAGCUCAAUACAUUCGCUCCGCUAUUGCAACGGAAAUUGAGACGUUUGAGAACUCCUUCGAUGACAUCUUGCAAACGGCCAGCCUAUUUUUGGUAACCACCGAAAGGGUCGCACAAUCUCCUUCGCUGGUGAUCGUCGAUCAGCCUGCUGUGGUCAAGACCGUUUGUCACUUUCUCGCGGCGUCAAACGCCAUACUCGAGUUUCUCAAUUUUCAACAGAGAAGGACUCGACUUGCUUCGGGAGGGGACGAAUCUCUGGAAAAACAAGUUAAGGAAUCCCAAGCGCUAGUGAAGGAGCUUCUCGCCACUCUUCUGCUUUACAAGACAGCCGAAACCUACCCGGGCAGGGACUGUGGCCUCAUCUACAACGAGGACGUCAAGGUUUAUGGCGACUUUCUUCUCCACAAGUACGGCCAUGUUGAGCAGAGCGACGUCCCCGACCCAGCGGACGAUAAUGAGGAGACGGAGAGGUUGAUUCAGUACUGGCACACAGAGAGCUUGGUUCAUCCGUUGAGGCAUGUUCCAGGCAACCCAUGGCACAAGUUCUUUGGAAACCUCCAGCCAGGCCCGAUAGUGAGACCAGAGUUGUUCAGGGAGCGCAAGCCGCAACCGUACUUCAGGCUCAUGUUUCCGACUACCAUUACCUGGGUACAACCCGAGAUCCGCCGCGAUUAUGAUAAUUAUCGCGAAAUGUUUGAGAGAUUUCUCCGAUUCCCUGGACCACGUCUCCCGGAGGCCAUCAGAGCCGCCAGGACUAGAAGAGUCCAGUGCCGCUUGUCCCAUUAUUUCAGGGGCUGGAAGAGAACCGAGGAGGCAGCGAUCUUGUGUCUGGAGGAUAUGAGUGAGAUUCCUUGCCCGGAAUAUGACCUCUUGGGUCUCUCAAGACUCGAGGCGUUGAAUGCUGAGAUCAAUGCCCCAGACUUGGCAGGGAUUGCUUUGUUGGGAGAGGAUAUCCCCGAUGUCCCCAUUUUCCUAGAAGCGGAGGGCCGCAAAUACUGUCUCGAGUUCGACGGCGAGCGGGAUUGUGUGGUAGAACCUAUUGGCUCCCGUGAAAAAUCCGACAUGGGCCCAAGAGAACCACACGACGCCAUUUGGUCUCAAGUAAACCACUUCCAAUCUUUCCGUGAACGAGGGACACGGUGGGGCCCCGCCGCCUCGCAGUCCCACUUCGCCAAGUUUGAGCGUUUCACGCCCAACGAUGCGGCAUCUUUUGACGACUCGUUCGCCUGCGUCGCCUCAUCCCAGCGGUGGGUUCCCGGUUCCUCGGAAUACACCCGACAGCGCACCAUCGCGAUAAGGGAGAAACUGGAACUCCACUACUUCUCGCUGCCGCAACAACUAGACGACGUCAACGAAGAAGAGCUCGGCGGAGAAGAGAAAACGCUCCAGGUUACCAAGCCCUAUAAUACGCUCGUCAACAUUGUCGACCUCAUAGAUGCGCGGCGGACGGGCAAACGUGCCGAAGCGUGGGGCACUUUUGAGGAGUUCCGCACCUAUACGCUCCGAGACAAAACGAGGAUUGAUCUCCACAAGACGAAGAGGUUCUCAGGGUACCUUGCUUCGUUGUUACAGCGUCUGUCAGCCCUCUACGCAAAAAAACGCAAUGGCUCUAGGGGAUCAAGGGUGGCGUCGGGCCGCAUCACCAAAUAUCGGGCUUAA